AUGGUGGAUAGAGAGGAGAUAGUGGUGGUGAGCGCUUCAGAAGGGGUGAACACCAGGGGGAAGACACGUACAACAUCCAAAAAGAAGGACCAAGCAGGAGCAAACGCCGCUAUCCGCCUCCUAGAAACGUGCCAGAAGCUAGUCCAAAGCCAGCAGUCUAAGGGCAAAACAAAGACAAUCAGCAUUGACAGGAGCCUGUUUGAAGAGCUAAUCAACCGAGUCAAACAGUGCGAAAAGAUUACUGAGGAUAGCCUCAGUUUCGACAGCAUAACAGUCAAGCAGUAUCUCGAAACCUUCGAGACCAAUCUAGUGGAAAGGAUCAACUCUUCUGUUACAAACAAGCUAUCUGUAGCGUUUGAAAAUGCGCAGGUCGGUACAGAGGAAAGGUUGGCAGCCACAGUCGAAAAGUCAAUCUAG